AUCGGCUCAAGUGUGUGUACUUCCUAGGCCUAAUAAUCAGCUAAAAAGUAUUCCUUUUUGUGUGUAUGUGCGAAAAUUCAGCUGGCUUCCACCGCUACAUUCUUCAAAAUUUCAACGGCAAAACUCUGGAUGGCUUGACUGUACAAGACUUUGAUCCUCCUUCCGAGGUCCGUGCCUUGAUCGAGGGCCAAUUUCUCUCAACGCGUGCUCAUGCAGAAAGAUUCGGAAUGCCUUCUCCAAAACGAAUCAUUGCUACCGGUGGAGCAGCAGCAAAUAAAAGCAUUCUCAGCUCAAUUGCAUCAAUUUUUGGCUCUGAUAUAUACUGUUCAAUGAAAAUAUGUGUGUCAUUGCUAAUUAAAUAG